GGGGGUGCCUGCCUGCCCGGCCGCUCUGCUAGGAUGUUCCUCAUGAACGCCCCCCCGGUGGCCCCGCUCCGGUCUCGGUGGGGGCCCUCGGGCCCGCCCGGAAGCUUCCGGGUCCCCGGCCUCUUCUCGGAGUCUCGGGGGGCCGCCGCCCGCGCCUCCGUGCGCGCCAGCGUGCAGAUGAUCAUCAGCUCCCUGCAGCGCGAGGAGGCGGCGGGGGGCGCCAGCCACGGGCGCGCGAGGGCGCAGCGGGGCCGGCCCGCGGCCGGGCACCGGGGGCGGCCCGUGUUCGCCACCUGCGGCCGGGCCGCCGACGGGGACCCCGGCCUCGCCCCCCCGGCGCCGGACUCCGACAGCGACGACUCCGUGGACAGGGGCAUCGAGGAGGCCAUCCAGGAGUACCUGAGGGCGAAGAGCGGGGGCCCCCGGCCCGGCCCCCCGGAGCCCCCGCCCCGCCCCACCCCGCCCGUCCUCGGCCCCCCCACGCCGGCGCCCGGCCCGGCCGGCGCCCCCGGCGGCUCCCCGGGCAGCGCGAGCAGCGAGGACUCCUUCGAGCAGAGCAUCCGGGCGGAAAUCGAGCAGUUCCUGCACGAGAAGAGACGGCACGAGACCCGGAAGGGCGCCGGGCCCCCCGAGGCGCGCGCGGACCCCGGCGGGCGCCCCACGGCGGCCGGACUCGACGGCCCGGGGCCCCGGCAGGGCCCGGCCGCAGCCCGCAAGGAGUUCGUGUUCCGGAGGCCUCCCAGGCUGGCGAAGGCCAACGCCCAGCCCGAGGCCGCGGAGCCCCCGAGCCCCCGCCGCGCGCGGCCCGCCGCCCCCCAGCCGCCCCGGGGCCGGCCGAGGAGGGGCGCCGGCGCCCCCAGGGGCCGGCGGCUCCGGAGCGCCGCCCUGCCGCCCGAGGCCUCCGACUCCAGCAGCGAUGACGGCAUCGAGGAGGCCAUCCGGCUGUACCAGCGAGAGAAGACCAGGAAGGGGGCCGGCGGGGAGCCACCGCCCCGGGCCCAGCUCGGCGGGGAGAAGGGGGCCACCCCGCCGCCGCCGCCGCAGAGCCCGGGGCCGGAGGCCCGCCGGAGAGCCCCCAGCAAGAAGAAGCCGGCCGCCCCCAGGGCCCCCGACCCCCCCGCCAAGCUCCCGAGGGACGCCCAGGCCCCCGCGGCCCCUGCGCCCCCCGCCGGCGAGCCCGCGGAGCAGGCCUCCCGCCGAGCGGAGGCGUCCGCCGAGCUGAUGUGCGCGGAAGCCAUCCUGGACAUCUCCAAGGCCGUCCUCCCCCCCAGGGGCCCGCCCCUCCGCGCCCCGGCCCCCCCGUCCCGCCCCGGGGGCGACAGCAGCGCGGUGGACAGCGACGACAGCAUCGAGCAGGAGAUCCGGACGUUCCUGGCCCUCAAGGCCCGGGCGGGGCGCCCGCAGCCCGCCCCCCGCCCGCCGCCGCCCCCCGCGCCCGGCGCCCAGGCUGACCCCCCCGACACCCUUCUCCCCAAACCACCCGAGCGGCCUCUGGGCUGCAAAAGAAAGCGGAGAGGGGGAGGUGGCAGCGCCCCCAGGCCGGCCACGCCCAAGAAAGCCAGGGACCCGAGAGAGGGCGCCCAGGACGGCAGCCACGGCCCGACGGCGGCCCGGCCUCCCUGCGACGGGCAGGACCCGGCCCGCCAGGCCAAAGCCGGCCAGGCCCCGGCCCGGCAGGGCGAGGCCCAGAGCCAGCCCGCCCCUUCCGGGACCGCCGGGCCCCGUGACCCGCGCGGGGCUCCGGGCUCCGGGGGCCUCGGGCAGGCAGACGAGGGCGGCCGUGUCGGAGGGAAACAGAGCCCCGAGGACAAGAGUAGCUCCCUGGACAGUGACGAGGACCUGGACACGGCCAUCAAGGACUUGCUGAGAUCCAAGCAGAAGCCCCGGAGGAAGGACAGGGACCCGCAGGCCGCGGGCAAGAAGAAGGUCAGGUUCAGCACCACGGAGACGCGGUUCGUGGAGAAGCUCUGCGGGCUCCCGGGGGGCUGGGCCGGCCGGGGCCCGCGGGUGCUGCGGAGCUGCCUGUCCAGGCCCCGGGGCUGCGGCGGGGCGGGGCUGGGGCCACGGACCCCGCGCAGCCUCAGCGGCCCCGCAGAGAGGACCGAGGCCGGCGGCUCGGGGGGCCGGGCCGCGGCCCCGGCUUUCGGGGCGAGGAGGAGGACGCCCCGGGGGGCGGCGCCUUCCUGGGACACGGGAGCCGGCCGCCCCCCUCCCUCAGCCCCCGGCCCCGGCCCCCUGUCUGAGGACAGCUCGGUGGACAGCGACGACAGCAUCGAGCUGGAAAUCAGGAAGUUUCUGGCAGAAAAGGCCAGGGAGUGCGUGGGCGGUUCCGGGGGGCCGGUGGGGGGCCGGGCCGGGGGCCCCGCCGGGCCAGAGGCGCCGUGCAGGAAAGAGCCGGCGCCGCAGCCCGGAAUUCGAACCCGGAGCCAGAGAGCCAGGGGGGGCCCUCCUCCGAGCGAGGGGGGCUGGGGCGCUGAGCGGGCCGGGGCGGAGGGCGCCCGGGGCGGGAGCAGCGGCGGCGGGAACGCCUCCGCCAAGACGGCCCCCGCCGGCGGCCGGAGGAACGCCUGUGCACCCCGAGACCAGAGCCCGCGGGGGGCCACGCCCGCCGCUGCCGAGAGCCCCUGCGCCCGGCCGUCGGGCUGCGUCGGAACGCCCGCCGAGGCCGCGGGCGCCGCGGGGGCCUUCCGCCUGGACUACGGCAGCGGGGUGCCGCUGGGCCCGGGGCCAGGCCCCCAGGCUGACCCGCCCCUCCCCUGGAGCGACUGUGCCCACCAGAGCAGGCUCUCCGGCCCCUGGGUGCCGAGCGCGGAAGGCCGGGGCUCCCCGUGGCCGGGGGGCCCCGGGGGCUGGCGGGGGAAGGGGACGGAGGGGCCCGCCGGGGGCCCGGGCAGCCGCCCCCCGGGCCCCCGGAGAAGCCUGCCCUUCUCCAGCUUCCCGCCCCGGCUCUCGCCGCAGCUGUUCCACUUCGGGAAGAGCACGCCGUGGGGGGGCCGGCCGGCCGGCCUGUUCGGGCCCCCCACCUUCCCCGCCUUCCGAGAGGGCCCGGCCAGCCACGGCCCCGUGUUUGGGAGCCCACACCUGCUGGCGAGGGACGGCGGGCCCCGGCCCGGCGGGAGAGCCCGGGGGGAGCCGGGCCCGCGCCGCAGAGGCCCGGGCUCCGAGGACGGCGGCAUCUUGGACCUGAGGUUCCGCCGCCGGGCGGGCGACGGGGACCCGGCGGACCCCGAGGCCCCGGGCAGCGACGGCAGCGACGGCAGCGACACCUCGGCGGAGGACGCCGGCGGCCCCGCGGCCGUCAAGGGCAAAGCCCUCCAGUUGUGA